GGAUUUGGUUUCGUUACUUUCGAAAAUAGUGCUGAUGCCGAAAGGGCGAGGGAGAAAUUACACGGCACCGUGGUAGAGGGCCGUAAAAUCGAGGUAAAUAAUGCAACAGCACGUGUCAUGACGAAUAAGAAGACAGUUAACCCUUACACAAAUGGUUGGAAAUUAAAUCCAGUCGUUGGUGCAGUCUAUAGUCCAGAAUUCUAUGCAGGCAGGGUGCUCCUGUGCCAGGCAAACCAAGAAGGAUCUCCCAUGUACAGUGCCCCCAGUUCACUAGUAUACACGUCCACAAUGCCAGGGUUCCCGUAUCCAGCUGCAACCGCAGCUGCCGCGUACCGAGGGGCCCACCUUAGAGGCAGAGGUCGCACCGUCUACAACACAUUUCGUGCUGCAGCUCCUCCACCUCCGAUCCCAGCUUAUGGCGGUGUUGUUUACCAGGAUGGAUUUUAUGGUGCAGACAUUUAUGGGGGGUACGCUGCCUAUCGGUAUGCCCAGCCUACUACAGCUACCGCCACUGCCUACAGUGAUAGUUACGGACGACUUUAUGCUGCAGACCCCUACCACCACACACUUGCUCCAGCAGCCACCUACGGCGUUGGUACCAUGAAUGCUUUUGCACCCUUGAGUGAUGCCAAGAACAGGAGCCAUGCUGACGAUGUCGGUCUCGUUCUUUCUUCAUUGCAGGCUAGUAUAUACCGAGGGGGAUACAGCCGUUUUGCUCCAUACUAA